CAGUGCUGGGAGGUUCGGAAACAGAACAGCUCCGAGUGGUGCCGCUUCAUCCGAUCCAACCCCGACUGCCGGAUGGACGGGGGCUUCCUCGACUACCUCAAUGGGGUCUUCUGCGUCUUCCCCCCCCGGCUGCUGCCCCUCGCUGUCACCCUCUAUGCUCUCUGGCUGCUGUACCUGUUCAUCAUCCUCGGUGUGACAGCAGAGAAGUUCUUCUGCCCCAACUUGUCGGCCAUCUCCACCAACCUGAAGCUGUCCCACAACGUGGCAGGCGUCACCUUCCUGGCCUUUGGAAAUGGGGCCCCGGAUGUCUUCAGUGCCGUGGUGGCCUUCUCUGACCCCCGGACAGCGGGGCUGGCCAUCGGGGCCAUCUUUGGUGCCGGUGUGUUCGUGACCACGGUGGUGGCCGGGGGCAUCGCCCUGGUCAAGCCCUUCACGGCCGCCUCCAGGCCCUUCCUCAGGGAUGUCAUCUUCUACAUGUUGGCCGUCUUCCUCACCUUCAUGGUCCUCUACUUCGGCAGGAUCAGGCUGGGAGAGGCUCUGGGUUACCUGGGGCUGUACGUGUUCUACGUCGUCACCGUGGUGCUCUGCACCUGGAUCCACCGGCGGCAGCGGGGGGACGGGACGGCCUCCCCCGGGCCCUGGGAGCCAGAGAUGCCGACGGAUUCCGAAGAGCCGGAGCCCUCAGGCACGAACAGCAGUGACUACGGUGAGGAGUACCGGCCCCUGCUCCCCUCCCAGGAGACCUCCCUGCGCAUCCUCACCACGGCCCUCAGCCCCUUGGACUACCGCAAGUGGAGGAGGAAGCCCUGGUACUGGCGGCUCUUCAAGGCCUUCAGGGUGCCCGUGGAGCUGGUGCUGCUGCUCACUGUUCCCGUUGUGGACCCUGACAAGGAUGACCUGAACUGGAAGAGACCCCUCAACUGCCUGCACAUCCUCACCAGCCCCCUGCUCUGCAUCCUCACCCUGAAGUCGGGCGCCUAUGGGCUGUACCAGAUCCAGGGCGUCUUCCCAGUCUGGGGACUGGUCACACUGGUUGGCUCUGUCCUGGCUGUCAUCAUCUUCAUCACCACAAGCAACGAGGAGCCGCCCAAGUAUCACUGUGUAUUUGCCUUCCUUGGGUUUUUGGCCAGUGCCAUGUGGAUCAACGCCGCAGCCACAGAGCUGGUGAACAUCCUGCGGACCCUGGGCAUCAUCUUCCAGCUGAGCAACACCGUGUUGGGCUUGACACUGCUGGCCUGGGGCAACAGCAUCGGUGACACCUUCUCCGACCUCACCAUGGCACGGCAGGGCUAUCCCCGCAUGGCCUUCUCCGCCUGCUUCGGGGGCAUCAUCUUCAACAUCCUGGUUGGAGUGGGACUGGGCUGCCUGCUGCAGAUGAGCAGCAGCCCCCCCCCCCAGCCGCUGGUGAAGCUGGAGCCCGACAGCCUCCUGGUCUGGGUCCUGGCAGGGGCCCUGGGGCUGAGCCUGGUCUUCUCCUUCGUGUCGGUGCCAGCUCAGUGCUUCCAGCUGGGCAAGGCCUACGGCGUCUGCCUCAUCACCUACUACCUGGUGUUCCUCUGCGUGGCCCUGCUGACCGAGUUCAGGGUGAUCCAUCUCUCCACCUCUGACUGACCCCAGGGGAUCACAUCCAGCCCUGGAUCUCAUUCUGCCCCUCCCCUGUCCCUGCCAGGGGGACAAGGGCACCCUGACCCCAGCUGAGCUGCUGGAGGUGCCAGCCCAGCCCUCAGCCUUCACUUCAGAAAAGAGGAUGGCUGUGGUUAGAGAGGGGAGUUGUUAGUCACUGGCCACAUCCUCUGCUCGCUCUGUUUAAUCUGUUUAACUCAUGGCAGCCCUGGGCAGGAGCAAGGUCGAGACCUCGGCUGCCUCUGGUCCCAGUGGCAGGGGCAGAGGAUGGGGCAGCUCUGGUUCAGGGGCACAAGAAGAGAGGCUUUACCUCCUCAACCACUUCACUUUCCCCUCCUCACCUCCAUCCAGCUGGUCCAGGACAGGGCUGGGGCCGUUGUGUAACACAGGGUAACUCUAAAAGUCCAAGCAGAUGUUUGUCCUUCUAAAGGACACUCUGUGUGGGCACCGUGGGGCUGGAAUAGCAGCUGGGGCAGAGCCAGACAGGGUUAAGGUGAGUCAGCGCUCCAGGGCAGCGCUGGGUUUAGUGCAAGCAAAGCUGGAGGAAAAGCAAACACCAAACCAAGGGAGGCUGGUUUCCCCUGCUUUUUUUAGUGAUGUUUUUCAAGCCGAGUUUCAGAUCCUACUUUUCUCCUCCUCCUCCUCCUGGGGCGGGUAGAGCUGUAGGAAAGGACCUGGAAGUUUCGACACAGUGUUAGCCUCUGGCAGGACUAGGUUUAGACACUGUAAAAAAAAUUGCAAUAAUAAAACCUCACAAACCCA